GAAAGGCACGAGUAUCAUCCUCCGCCUUGACAAGAAAUCCGACCUAAUAUUACUGUCGUACUUUGGAGUAGGUGCUGCAAGCCAUGGAAAAUUACCCUGUAAAACCUCUGAAAGUCAUAAGAGAAACGGGCUAAAAUUUCCUUAAUUAGUUACAAUCAUACCUGAGAUUAAUUACACCAAAGGAAUACGAUUAACCAAGUAUAGGAAGCCGGACGAUUUGGAUGUUUACAUAAAGGGGGGGAAAGAUUAUCUUGCUUAGAGCAAUGAUUUUAACUGCUUCGUCGAUCCCAGUUAAUUCGAGGAAAUAUUUUGACCAUGGCCGAAACACAGGUACCAGCUGACCAAUGACAAGGCCACCUACAAAGCCUCCAAGUUAGUGUGGAGAAAACCCUGUAGAUAAUUCCUCCAAUUCUAGGAAAUGGGAAUUCAAGGUAGCCAGCUUCUUCUGCCUCUUCUCUGCCUCUCACUGUUGGGAUCGGCACUCUGGCGUUUACGACCAGAAUCAUUCAGCAGAAUCAGCUUCCCGGACGGUUUUGUCUUCGGCACCACCACUUCAGCUUAUCAAAUUGAGGGAGCCGCAGAUGAAGGGGGUAGAGGACCGAGCAUGUGGGAUGCAUUCACUCAGAAUCAUCCAGAUAAGAUUAAGGAUGGAAGCAACGGGAAUGUUGCUGUAGAUUCUUAUCAUCGUUUCAAGGGAGAUGUGAGAAUCAUGAAGGAAAUGGGCGUUGAUGCUUACAGAUUCUCCAUUUCUUGGACUAGAAUCUUACCAAAUGGGGAGAUCAGCGGAGGAAUCAACAGAGAAGGCGUUCAAUAUUACAACAACCUUAUCGAUGAGCUCAAAUCCAGUGGGGUGGAACCAUAUGCAACAAUUUUCCACUGGGAUGUUCCUCAAGCACUAGAAGACCGCUAUGGAGGAUUUCUCAGCUCGAAAAUCCUGGAUGAUUUCAAGAACUAUGCCGAUGUCUGCUUUGCACUGUUCGGAGACAGAGUGAAGCAUUGGAUCGUGGUGAAUGAGCCGUGGACUUUUGCCCGACUGGGUUAUGUAACGGGCUUGUAUGCUCCCGGCCGGUGCUCCCCUUGGAUGGAGAGCAAUUGUUUUAACGGAGAUUCAGGUCGUGAACCUUAUACUGUAGCCCAUAAUUUGUUGCUAUCCCAUGCUGCUGCUGUCAAAUUGUACAGAGACAAGUAUCAGGCAUCACAGAAGGGUAAGGUGGGUUUAUCCCUUAUUAGUCACUGGUUCUUGCCCUACUCCGAAUCAAUUUCAGAUAUCGAUGCAGCCAGUCGAGCAAUCGAUUUCAUGUUAGGAUGGUUCAUGGGCCCAUUGACUCAAGGGGACUAUCCGCUUAGCAUGAAAGCGCUUGUCCAAGAUCGAUUACCGGAGUUCACUAUAGAAGAGUCAGAAAUGGUCAAAGGAUCCUUCGACUUUCUUGGUCUCAACUACUAUACCACAAACUAUGCUCAAAGUAUAUUGGUGCCAUGUACUGCUAAUCUCAGCUAUGAUACUGAUGCAAGUGUAUCUUGGACAGUGUUUUCAGUCACCAAAGUACGGAUCUUUGCCAACAACGGACAGGUGUCCCCCUACAUGAACCACUCAAACCAGAUUGAUGGUCAAAGCAACCAAGGAUCCCGACGUAGACGACCCGUCAAGUCGACAUCUUCUUAGGUCGACUCGAAGGGCGGUAUUUGUCAAUCCUCUUGUCGAAGACGACUCGCAACGAGCCCACUCGACCAGCUACUCGACACCUCGUGAGGCCGACUCGAAAGGUGUUACUUCUUGACCAAGCUAAAUAACGACUUUAGCCUUGAGCCUCUCUCACUGACAGCACGUCGGUGUCACAUUUAAUGCUUGGCAGGCGUAUCAUACAUCUAGCCUCGACAGUCUUCAUGACUCAUCGAACCACGACAGGACGACCAUGCCUCUGAUCACUUCUCACUUAAUGCUGAGGUGAUCUUUCCUCCACUCAUCACCAGGCACAUGUAAAGUAGGUGCUGACACAACCGCCAGCCCAUACCUACUUACAACCAUCUUGUGCUCGGCCAAAGUAAUGAUUCUACCUGUUUCAUCACCACUACAAAUAGAGGUACUAUUCUUUACACGAGGAAGGACCUUUUUUGGAUCUUGAUCUUCUUUCAAUAUGAUCUGACGACUUUUUAGGGGGGCAUCUGAUUUUUGAUCUUUUACUGAUAAGCAAUAUCUGCUAAUUAUACUGCACUACACAAAAGAACUCACAUAGUUCUUCAUUUUCUCACUCAAAAUUCACUAGCUGACUUGAUCGUCGAAGGUACAAUGGGGUACCAUGCUUGAUCCUCUCAAGAGUUGUUAUUUGUGCAUGCUAAAAGCUACUAAACUCAAGAUCAGAUAUUCGGAGAAGUGAGCGACCCCUAAUCAAUCUCACUCGGAUAUAUAUUGACUGUUUGGUUACCCAUCAUCAAUAGUUUCACUCUAUAGUGGACUUCUAAGGAUUUUAAACAUUUAUACAAAUUCUUUUUACUCAAAACAUCACUUGCAAUUUCCACUUGUACAAAAAACAAUGUAAAUGCUUAAACACUUUGCAAUCUUUUCUCAAUUUCAUGAAAUAGAAUGUUUAUGAAUCUAUACUAAUUAAACUAUAUUUAUCAAACGUACAUCUU